UUGUCAGUGGACAGUGUAUCGGUAAACUGGACAAAACUACAAUCGUCAAUUGACAUCGUGGAAGCAUCGAACUGAAGAUAAAUUCGUGUAGUUUCGUUGCAAUCGUUAAACAAUCGACAAUUUUUUUGCUUCUUCGUUCUCGUUGUUUUUUUUUUUUUUUUCAUCUAUUGAAACAAAAACUGGAUGAUCGGUAGCAAUCAGUUAUUCCGAAAAUGAAUGGAAACUUCGCAAGUGCCAUAAAAAGUGCUCGUGAAGAAUUCCUCGUCGAUGUGUCAUUCCGCCAACGCUUUUUACCGGCUCAUUUCUCGGCGAAGCUCUUUGUUUUCCUCACAGUUUUCACCUUCACCGGUUAUAAGUACCAAGUGAAAAAAAGCAUUCAUCGGCUUUCACUAAAGACCGAGGACAAGUUGGAGUACCAGUUUUACCCUUGCGCCAGUGGGCAAAUCCAAUUCCGCAUAAAAGCACCUAACGAUGCCCAUAUCGCGCUGACCACCGAAGCCUGCGAGGGAGAACCGAUGUACGAGGUAUUCAUCGGUGGAUGGGGAAACAGCAAAUCGGUAAUCCGUAAAAACAGGACGAAGCCCGAGGUCGCUGAAGCGGACACACCUGGAAUUCUGAGUAACGAUGAAUUCCGUGGCUUCUGGGUAAGAUGGCACGAGAAUAACCUCGCUGUCGGCAAAGAAGGAGAAUCUACUCCUUUCCUCGCUUACCAAGACUCGGAACACUUGAGAGUUGGCUGCUUCGGUGUCUGCACCGGUUGGGGUGCCGAGGGAGAGUGGCUCGUCGAAGGUGGUAAAAAUCUUAAAACACCGGACGAACUGAAGUAUCAGUUUCAUCCCGUACGUUCCGGAGCUCUUAGCAUUGAAGUCAAAGCCGCGAGCAACGCUCACAUUGCUUUGAGCAAAAGUAAGGGGGAAUCCAGCCCCAUGUACGAAAUAAUGCUCGGUGGUUGGGAAAACACGGCUUCUGUCAUCAGAUACGAUCGCAAACAGCCUGACAAGGUUCGCGUUAAUACGGCGAAUCUACUGAACCCAAACGAGUACAAGAAAUUCUCAAUUUCUUGGCUCGACGGUCACAUCGUCGUGAAAUCGGGUGAUCAACGAGGUCCGGUACUGUUGGAAUGGAAGGACCCGAAUCCCAUUGGUAUUAGUCACGUUGGCGUGCGCACUGGUUGGGGCGCGACCGGAAAUUGGAAACUCCGUUUCGAGCAUCAUCAGGCUCUGCCGCCUGCGACCAAACAAACUGGACCAGCGGCUCCGUCAGCCCCCGCCGAAGUUUCGGCCGGCAGCGUUUGCUGGUGCGAUGCUUCCGGCGGAAUGAUUCCUCCGGGAGCAGUUGAGGGCGGACGUGACGACGAACCGUUGUUCGUCGGGCGUGCCCAUCACGAGGGCGCUCUCAUUCCUGGCAAGGUCAAGCCGAGUCAUUCCGUUUGCUACGUAGCUUGGGGUGGUGGAGAACACGGAAAGAGCGAUUACCAGGUUCUGUGCGGUUGUAAUCCGCGUUGGGUACCGACCAGCGGUGGAAACAUUCCCCCGAACGCGAUCCCCGGAGGCGAGAGCGAGGACGGGGAGCCUCUUUUCGUAGGCCGCGUAGAGCACGAGGGUACUGUGACCAUUGGAAAGGUUCAGCAGUCGCACAACGUGCUCUACAUACCGUUCGGUGGUACCGAAGUCGCCUUCGCCGACUACGAGAUUCUCGUCAGCGAAUAAACUCGCUGCUCUGACAAAACCGAGUGAAAGAAUAAAAAACGAAAGAGAGAAAAACAAAUGCAAUUAAGUACUAUUCGUCCGAAAGUGGCUUUCGAAGUGUUCGAUUGUGAUUCACAGGAACAUUGUACCGUCACUUCCAUUAUUUUGAGCUCGAAAGAAUUUAUCGUUUUUUGAGUAAUACCCAAAGUUACUGGCUAACUUUAACUCCGCUGACUUUGAAAUCUAAUGGACUUACGAAAUCAAAUGAAAACAGAAAAAAACAAGUCGUUUCGGUCACAAUGUUCCUGCAGAAAUUCUCCAAAAGCCUUAACCGCAAGAGCACAGCAGCUUGUGCACAAAAUAAAGUGUUUUUAAUUAAAAACUUUAAAGCUCAUUUAGCGAACGCAAAUGUUGCUUUGUUGUCGUACGAAAUAUCGUUAUUAUUUAAUUUUCAUAUUAACGUCAGUGGUUAGAAAGACGGAGAGAGAGAUAUAUAUAAAGGAAUAUAUUUUUCAUGCUAAUUGCAUAGUUUUCUAACGUUCAACACGCAGCUUUGUUGACAUUAUUGAGAUCAUUGUAUACCGGAUUUUUUGGCAUAUAUUAUCGAAAUGUUGCAUAGUAUAAAUAAACGUUUGAAAAAUGUC